AUCAUAGGAAACAGCCUCGCGAAGAUUCUCCCUCUCUCCGACACACCAGGCGGUCCAUGGAAAGUCUACGGCGUCGCUCCAAGACCUCGUCCCACCUGGAAAGCCGAUCAUCCCGUUAGUUACAUCCAGUGCGACGUCUCAAACGCCGAAGAAACACGAUCAAAGCUUUCUCCCUUAACAGACGUCUUCUACCGAGCGCGAAGAAUCUCCGACACGUCUGUCUCCAGACAGGGACCGAGGAGAUCUCUUGAUGAUCCUCCUUUCACGGAGGAUAUGAUGAUUCUAUAAUGGGCUACAACUAUUAAGCCCAUAGAAUCAAAUAAGUAAAUGUAGCAAAUAAGAGAGGUUUGGACAUGGAAAAAGGAAGAAAUAAAUAAAAUCAGGCCAUAAAAUAAAUUAGGGUUUGUUUAUUGGAAAGUGAUUUUGGGGGAGAGAAUGGGGAGAAAGACGAAGAAGUGUAAGCAAGAACUGUUGGUUGUUGACAGUGAGUAUCGUGCGCCGAAGAGACGUUCAUAUGGGCUCUGGGCGAAGAAGAUAAAGUCUCUUCGUAAGUCUGAGGAGGAGAUUAUCCGAAAAAGAAAAGAGGCUCUUCAUAAGGAGACGGCUGAGCUUUGGCGCAAAGUGUGGGAAACAGAUGGGUUCGAUAUGGGUAGACUGUGGGAUCAUCGUUAUUGGGGAAUGCAUGCUUUCGAAGGAGGGAGAGAUUGUCCCAUUGUAGUGCAGCUUUAUGCAAAGGUCGGCCUUCACCGCUACAAUAUUUUAGAGGGGACAAAUCUGCAGCUUCACGAAAUAGAGAAAUACAAUAGAGAGGGUAUUUUCAUGCCUGCCUGUUAUUAUAUAACUUUGCAUGCAGAGGAUCAAGCUACACCGUCCCUUGUUACUUUCCAGACUAUUAUUUCCGAAAGAAAGGGCUACACUCUGAAUCUCAUUUGCACAGUCGCCAGACUUAAAGGGACUAAGUCUAAGGGAGAUACGGAUCAGUUCGACGAUGAUAGGGACUUGCCUGAGUGGCCUUCUUCAUUUGGUGAUAAAAGUCGAUUUUUAUAUGAGUUGAUGGAAUCUGAGUGGGAAGAAAACGACUGGAUUCGUCUUUACUUGGAAGUUGCAGUCGUUACCACGAAUAGGCGAAAUCACAAUCCCAACCUGUCCGGUUUGAAGAUUUUGAACGUGGUGGUAGAAACUGGCGAAAAUCUGCCCAAAGAGAAUGUACUCGAGUGUUUUACAAGUGUCGUAGUCUACAUAAGUUAUGAUCAGGACUUGGGAGGUGAUAAUGGGAUAUGCAAACGCAGAGCCAUCGUUCGAAGAUCUGUGGAUUUUAUAUCUAAACGCUUUUCCCUCGUUGGCAAGACUCUACCGCUGCUUCCCUAAGUUUACAACAUGCUAGCUAUUAUUUGUUAUGUCUUUUUUUCUUCUAAAAAGUGCUCAAACAGGAUUCUGGGCGAUUGAUUUACUUUAUUUGAGUGAAAUUUAAACUUGGUUAACUGUUGCU